AUGGAGGGGAAGACGGCGGCGCUGGCGCUGCCGCCGCCGCCGGCGAAGAGGGCGGACAAGAACUUCAAGUGGACGCGGGCCAUGACGCGGGUAAUGGUGGCGGGGCUGGUGGAGCAGGCGACGCUGGGAAUGAAGGUGGACAAGGGCUUCAAGCGGCGCGCCUACGCCGCCGUGGCUCGCCAGGUGACUGAACGCUUCGGCGAGGAAUGCCUCGACAACAACGUGGAGAACCGCUUCAAGACCCUCAAACGCAACUGGGCCGAGAUCAAGAAGCUCCGCGCCGCCGCCGGUCCCCACGCCUUUGACGCCGCCACACACACCAUCCUCCUCUCCGACGCCGCCGCCGCCGAGUACAUCAAGGUCGACCCACCAAAAAAGACGGUCAUUUUCUUUUUUGGAUCAUCAUCGUUGACUUGUUUUGAAGGCGCAGGCGAAUCCGAAGGCGGAGCCGUUCGUGAACCAGCCGAUCGAGAUGUACGAGGAGCUGGGGAUCAUCUGCGGGGACGAGAAGCCCACGGGGUUCUAUUCCAGGGGUUCCGGCGAGCCGCCGGCGGAGGACGGCGGCCGGCGGCGGCGGCGGCGGCGGGGGGAGCUGAACGGGGAGGAAGCGGCGGGGCUGGUGAUGGUGGAGGAGGAGAUGGAGGAAGGGCAGUCGCCGGAGGGGUCGGCAGCCGCGGCGGCGGAGGAGGAGGAGGCGGCGCUGCUGCCGCCGCCGGGGAGGGGGAAGAAGGGGGGGUGGAGGAGGAGGGAGAGGCUGGAGGAGAAGCUGGAGAAGCUGGCGGAGAAGAUCGGGUACAUGGCGGAGCAGAUGGCGAGGGACAGGAAGAAGGAGCACGCCGACGAGCUGCACGGGGCGGUGGUGGGGUGCGAGGGCUACACGGAGGCAUGGCUGAUGGAGGCCUACGGGUACCUGCUGGACCACAACACGCAGGCCAACGUGUUUCUGCGGAGCAGCCCCGCCAUGAGACGCGACUGGCUCGAACAGUACUUCUCCCGCAGGUAA